AUGUCAAAGAAAGAAGAUAUCGUGGCAGCAUCUCAGGCAAGCCAUGUCGAAGACAACGCCAAAGGUGGCGAGGACUUCAUCGAGGACUCUACACCCGGCCUCUUCCUCAACCUCUGUGUUCUCGCAACCGCCAUUGGAGGCAUGCUCUUUGGCUACGACACUGGAGUUAUUUCUGGUGUUCUCGUAGUCCUUGGGGAUGACCUCGAUGGACGCUUGAUGAGCCAUGGCGAAAAGGAGCUGAUUACCUCUCUCUGUGCUGCUGGCGCCUUGAUCGGUGCCAUCAUCGCUGGAGUCACGGCUGAUAAGUACGGACGAAAGCCUGCUAUUUGGUUCGCCUCGGUUCUCUUCACCCUGGGUGCUGUUGUGCAAGCUGCUUCUUACUCUCUCGUGCAAAUGUGUGUGGGCAGGGUACUUGUUGGUCUAGGCGUCGGUUCAGCUUCAAUGAUUAUCCCUCUAUACAUUGCAGAAAUCGCACCUGCCAAGUACCGCGGCCGAAUGAUCUCAAUCGACAUGGUCUUCCUUGCGACCGGUUCCCUCCUGGCGUAUGCUUUCGACGCAGCCUUUUACAAAGUUCCACACGGAUGGCGAUACAUGGUUGGACUGGGUGGCAUUCCCUCAGUUCUGCUUGGAGUACUACUUUUCUGGUGCCCAGAAUCACCACGGCAGUUGGUUUUCCACAACCGAACUGACGAAUGUCUUCAUGUUCUCCGACGCAUGUAUCCCACCGCCAACGAGACUCAGGUUCACCAGAUGAUGGCCCAUAUCCAACUUGGCGUCACUCAAGCAAAGGCUCUUAAUGAGGAGGUUUCAGUCCGACAAUCUCUCAAGAGUCUUGUUACGGUCCCUGCGAACCGUCGAGCAGCCAUUGUCGCUUGUGGUCUCAUGGCUACUCAGCAGCUCUGCGGUUUCAACACCAUGAUGUACUACUCCAGCACUCUCUUCCAGAUCGUCGGCUUCAACAAUCCCAUUGCCGUUGGAACCAUUGUCACCGCUACAAACUGGAUCUUUACUUUCCUAUCCGUCUUCCUUAUCGAUAGAGUUGGUCGUCGCAGACUCUUACUCUGGACAAUGUGGGGAAUGCCUGUAUUUUUGGUACUGGCAGCUGCUGUGUUUACAAAGAUUUCAAUCGACCGAAACACUCUGGAACUCACCGACGAUAAGAUUGGGUGGCCAGCUAUUGUCGUCCUGGUUUCCAUGAUCCUCUUUGUCGCCAGUUACGCUGCCGGUCUGGGAUGUGUGCCAUGGCAAGCAAACGAGUUUCUUCCAAUGGAAGUCCGUGCUAUGGGUACUAUGAUGAUCAAUAUCUGCAACUGGGGUCCCAAUAUUAUCGUUUCGUCUACCUUCCUGUCUAUGAUGCGAGGAAUCUCGCCUUCAGGAACCUUUGGGUUUUAUGCCGCUCUUUCCUUCAUUGGGCUUGUUUUUGUCUACUUCUGUUACCCUGAGGCUGCUGCAAUGACCUUGGAGGAGGUCCGUGUUGUAUUUGAGCACGGCUUUGGUGUUAGCUAUGCGGAGGAGUGGCGGAAGCAGAGGAAAUUGGGAAAUAUCACUCAUGGGGCGAAUGAGACUACCAAGGAGGUUGUCUGA